AUGGGCAUUCUUGGAAUACGGUGGUUGGGAAUGGAAAUAUCAAAAACACAUCUGAUAUGGCCAUUUUUGAGCAGUUCCAGAGUCAGUCAGGAGAGGGAUGGCACCACACAACUUCCUGUAUCUCUUUAUGGGCGAAUUGACGAAAAGCCGCAAAGGUCUCUGCUUCCUGCUUUUGAAUCUGCAGAAGUGCGCACCUUAGCAGAGAGUUUAAGUAGGAAUAUCAUUCGUGGGAAUCCAGAUGUGAAGUGGGAAAGCAUCAAGGGGUUAGAGAAUGCAAAGCACCUUCUCAAGGAAGCAGUUGUGAUGCCAAUAAAGUAUCCCAAGUUCAUUAAGUCUGGCAAUGCCUCAUGGAUAGUUCUAUUAAAAUUGUUGAGAAUUAUUUGAGAAAAUUUCUUUUAGAUGAAUAAUUUGUUAGCUUUUGAAGCUCAUUACAUUAGGUAAGCUUUGUAUUGCAUAUUGCGCCACUUUUUAUCCAUUCAUUUCUUAU